AUGUAUCAGAUGACAUUCUUAGCAGUGGCCAACCUCUUUGCCCUUUUUCUCUUCUCAUCUCCCUCUGCAUCGGUAGAUACAGAUUUUUUCUUCUCUUGUCUCAUUCACAAUUUCCCCAUCCCGCUUACUUCCCUUGACGGCAUCCUCCAUAGCCCCGACACCUCCUCGUACUCUUCCCUCCUGCAUUUCUCAAUGCAAAACCUUCGUUUUUCCUCUCCCAACCUCAAGCCGCAACUCAUUAUAACACCCCAUACAGAGUCUGAAGUCCAAGCCUCUGUCUUUUGUUGUAAGCAGCACAAUAUCCAAAUUCGAGUCAGGAGUGGUGGUCAUGACUAUGAGGGCCUCUCCUAUGCCUCAACCACUCCAUUUGUGACCAUGGACCUCAUGAACUUAACAAGAAUCAAUAUAGAUACAGUGGAUUACACUGCACGGGUGGAAGGUGGUGCUACACUUGGUGAAGUCUACUACAGGAUAGCAGAGAAAACUAGCAUCCAUGGUUUCCCUGCCGGUGUCUGCUCCACUGUUGGUGUCGGCGGGCACAUUGCUGGAGGGGGUUUCGGCAUGAUGUCGAGGAAGUUCGGCCUCGCUGCCGAUCAUGUCAUCGAUGCUCGGGUAGUGGAUGUAAAUGGAAGGGUUCUUAGUAGAGACUCAAUGGGGGAAGAUCUCUUUUGGGCCAUCAGAGGAGGUGGGGCUUCAAGUUUUGGUGUCAUCACUGCGUGGAAGGUUAGCUUGGUCUCCGUUCCCCAACUUGUUACCGUCUUCACAGUAUCUAGAAGCACGAAGAAAGAAGCAAUUCAACUAGUUGGCAGAUGGCAGUACAUUGCACACCAGCUGCAUGAUGAUCUUUUUAUCAGAGUCAUAUUUGAAGCUAAUCAAGGGGAGAACAGGGAGAGAGCAAUUAAGGUCGUAUUUAAUUCUCUGUUUCUUGGGCCUGUUGAAGAGCUAAUACCAGGAAUGAAUGAGAAAUUUCCUGAACUGGGCUUGAAGACAGACUGUAAAGAGAUGACAUGGAUAGAAUCCGUUUUGUACUUUAAUUGGUUUCCUCCAAACUCUCCAAUUGAAGUAUUGUUGGAUAGGAAGAGCAGGGAGAAGACUUAUUUCAAGGGGAAAUCUGAUUUUGUUGGAAAGCUCAUACCAGAAAGAGUGUGGAGUGGGUUGUGGGACAGAAUACUGCAGCAAGAGAUUGUCUUUGUGAUUUUGGAUCCUCAUGGUGGAAAGAUGAGCGGCAGGUUGGAGGGCGAACUCCCAUUUCCUCACAGGAAUGGUAGCUUGUUCAACGUACAGUACGUGUUGAAAUGGAGCAAAGAAGAAGAAGGGCCCUCUAAGAUGGAAUGGUUGAGAGAUUUGUACGAGGUUAUGGGUCCUCAUGUCUCACAAAAUCCAAGAAGUGCCUAUAUAAAUUACAGAGACCUCGACUUGGGAAUCAACUUAGAAGAGAAGGGUGGAUAUGAGGAAGCAAAAGUUUGGGGUUACAGAUACUUUAAGGGAAACUUUAUGAGAUUAGCGGCUGUGAAGGGCAGAUUCGAUCCGAGCAAUUUGUUUAGAAAUGAGCAGAGCAUUCCCCCACUUUUGCUGACGAGAAAAAGUGAAAGCCUCUCUCGAGGAUCUGUUUGA